AUGAAGCUCUGGACUCUCCUAUUCGCCAUGUUCAUCUAUGGGAUUGGGAUGCGUCUGCCUGUGUUGGGAGGCUUCAGCAUCUCAAUUCCAGAUGAAUUAAAAGAAACUGAGCAAUGCUGGGUCCAGCCUCCGAUACGGCUUUGUGACUACAGGUGCACCAUAGAACAACUGUGUUUCAGUCCAAAUGCUACAUGCUGCUGGACCUACUGUGGGAAAAUUUGCUUGGACAAUGAAGAGCCCUUUAAAACAAUGAUGACUGAAAUAUACUAUUAG